AUGGCGACGCAGGUGGAGGCGCUGCUGCCCGGCGCCCCGCUGCUGCCCGCCGAGGAGCGCGCCCUGGUGCUGAAGCCGCCGCAGGACGGCGGCCGGGAGAAGGGCGAGCCGCCCAUGGGCCCCGACGGCGGCCCCGCGGCGCCGCGGCCGCCCAGCGCCAAGCAGCAGAAGGAGGAGAGCAACAACCAGGAGAAGGAGAGCCUGCUGCGGGCGGGCGGCGAGGCGGAGGACGGCGGCGAGGCGGGCGGCGGGGGGCGCCGGGAGUUCAUCGAGGCCCCGCCGCCCAAGGUGAACCCCUGGACGAAGAACGCCCCCGCCGCCGCGCCGGCGGUGAACGGGCAGUCGCCUCCAGAACAUACAACUCCUGCGAAAGUGGUGAGGGCUGCCAACCCAAGACAGCGGAAAGGAAGCAAGGUUGGUGACUUCGGUGAUGCGACGAAUUGGCCGACACCUGGAGAAAUAGCCCACAAGAGCAUCCAGCCGCACAAAGUACCGUCCCUCCGAAAGCUGCCUGUCAAGAAAGACAUGAAAGAGCAGGAGAAAGGGGAUGGGAGCGAUGGCAAAGAGAGCCUGAAAACCAAAUCGGAUGAGUCCGGGGAGGAGAAGAACGGUGAUGAUGACAACCAGAAGUCAGCCCAGAAAAAGAAAGGCAACAAACACAAGUGGGUCCCUUUGCAGAUAGACAUGAAGUCAGAGGUGCCUAGGGACAAAACGGCCUCUCGGAACAACCGGCAAAACGAGCAGCACAGGCACCCCUCCAACAACCGCAGCGAGCUGAAAGGUGGGGGCUCAGGCUGGGGACCUGCUCUCCCUAUGCCAUCAUCCUGUAACACUUCUUCUCCUGCCUCUCCUUCCCUGUCUGCUGCAGGCUGGCACCCCGACAACAAGCACGAGCGCAGCUGGCAGGACCACGACGAAACCUCCAGCGUGAAGAGCGAGGGAGGAGCUGUGCGAGGGACCUUCCGGGGCCGAGGCCGGGGCCGUGGCAGGGGCCGGGGCCGUGGCAGAGGAGGUGAUGACUGGCACUUCGACUACCAGUAUGGGUACCGGAAAUUCGAGGGCUCGGAUGGCUCCCGCACCCAGAAGUACGCUAGCAACAUCACUUACUACUUCGACAACAUCAGCAGCGCCGAGCUCUACAGCGUGGACCAGGAACUGCUCAAGGACUACAUCAAGCGGCAGAUAGAAUAUUACUUCAGCGUGGACAACCUGGAGCGAGACUUCUUCCUGCGUCGCAAGAUGGACUCAGACGGCUUUCUUCCCAUCACCCUGAUUGCCAGUUUCCACCGGGUGCAGGCGCUGACCACUGACAUCAGCCUCAUCAUCAAGGCUCUGAAGGACAGCAAGGUGGUAGAAAUUGUGGACGAGAAGAUCAGGAGAAAAGAGCAGCCAGAAAAAUGGGCUCUGCCUGGCCCUCCCAUGGCAGACUACACACAGACAGACUUCUCACAGUUCAUCAACUGCCCUGAGUUUGUGCCCCGGCAAAGCUUCCAGAAAGAGACAGAGUCUGCUCCUGGCUCCCCGCGUCCCUCCAGCCCCGUCCCCACCAAAACAGAGGAGGUCAGUAACCUGAAGACGAUGCCCAAGGGCCUGUCCGCAAGUCUGCCAGACCUGGAUUCAGAGACGUGGAUUGAAGUGAAGAAGAGACCUCGGCCCUCCCCAGCCAGGCCCAGGAAACCAGAGGAGUCAAAGACACCACAGCAGCAGAAGCAGAAGGACCAAGAUGAACCUGAAGAGCUAGACUUCCUCUUUGAUGAGGAGAUGGAGCAGAUGGACGGCCGCAAGAACACCUUCACCGACUGGUCAGAUGAAGAUUCGGAUUACGAGAUUGACGAUCGGGAUGUGAACAAGAUCCUCAUCGUGACGCAGACGCCUCCUUACCUGCGGCGGCAUCCUGGUGGGGACCGGACUGGCAACCACACAUCCAGGGCUAAAAUGAGCUCAGAGCUGGCCAAGGUGAUCAACGAUGGGCUGUACUACUACGAGCAGGACCUGUGGACAGAGCAGUUUGAGCCAGAGUAUUCGCAGAUCAAGCAAGAAGUGGAGAACUUCAAGAAGGUGAAUAUGAUCAGCAGGGAGCAGUUUGACACCCUGACCCCAGAGCCCCCCGUGGAUCCAAACCAGGAAGUCCCUCCUGGUCCCCCCAGGUUCCAGCAAGUACCUACAGACGCUUUGGCUAACAAGUUGUUUGGAGUCCCUGAGCCUUCAACCAUUGCCCGGUCUUUGCCUACAACUGUACCAGAAUCUCCCAACUACCGCAACACCAGGACCCCCCGGACCCCUCGCACGCCUCAGCUGAAGGACCCGACGCAGACGCCCCGGUUCUACCCGGUGGUGAAAGAGGGCAGGACGAUAGAUGCCAAGACUCCACGGAAGAGGAAGACAAGGCACAGUUCGAACCCCCCGAUGGAGUGCCAUGUGGGCUGGGUGAUGGACUCUCGGGAGCACAGGCCCCGAACUGCCUCCAUCAGCUCCAGCCCCUCGGAGGGGACUCCGGCUGUUGGAAGCUACGGCUGCACCCCACAGUCCCUGCCCAAGUUUCAGCAUCCUUCUCAUGAGCUGCUCAAGGAGAAUGGCUUCACGCAACAUGUCUACCACAAGUACCGUCGGCGCUGCCUUAACGAGCGGAAACGACUGGGCAUUGGUCAGUCCCAGGAGAUGAACACGCUCUUCCGGUUCUGGUCCUUCUUCCUCCGAGAUCACUUCAACAAGAAAAUGUAUGAGGAGUUCAAGCAACUGGCUGUGGAGGACGGGAAGGAGGGAUACAGGUACGGUCUGGAGUGCCUUUUCAGAUACUACAGCUACGGGCUGGAGAAGAAAUUCCGGCCAGACAUAUUUAAGGACUUUCAAGAAGAGACCAUCAAGGAUUAUGAAGCUGGACAGCUCUAUGGGCUGGAAAAGUUCUGGGCCUUCUUAAAAUAUUCCAAAGCCAAAAAUCUGGACAUUAACAGCAAACUGCAAGAAUACCUCAGCAAGUUCAAGCGCCUCGAGGACUUCCGAGUGGAUCCACCCAUGGGGGAGGAAGGUGGACACAAGAGAUAUCCUACGACGUCAGGGGGAGAUGGCAGGAAGCGCUACCCAUCCCAGUCUUCCAGCAAAACGGUCAGCCAGUGCCCAGCCAGCCAAGCCCACAGCUCGCCCAGCCAGCCUGCACAAGAGGAUGCCAAAAACCUGAGCCAGCAAUCCCCUGCCCCGUCGGCUGCAGAAUCGCAGACAAUGGGGAAGUAAAGAG